AUGAUAGAAGUGUUUCACUCAUUUCAAGAAGUAUGCGACCCAGUUCAAUCCAAUGUCAACAUCUUUAUUGCCUGCUUUACGACGAGUUAUGCGCGACUGAAACUAUACGAUGCUCUAGACAUCUUGAAAGAAAGAGUAUUGUACAUGGAUACAGAUUCUGUCAUCUAUACCCAAAAACCCACAGAAUCUUCAAUACCCACUGGCAAUUAUCUCGGCGAAUUCACCAAUGUACUCGACGAUGGAGAUCACAUUACAGAAUUUGUAGCUGCAGGACCUAAAAAUUAUGCCUACAACACUUUCAAAGGAAAACAAUGCUGCAAAGUCAGAGGAUUCACGCUCAACGAACGAGGACAAAAAAUCAUUAAUUUCAUUAACAUGAAAAACUUGGUAUUGAGUGAAAUACUACAACCAGAAGAUGACCAACGCACAUUAACACUCCACAACCCGCACAAAAUCACGAGAUGUGCAGCCACCAAAACCAUCAAAACAGUAUCGCAAGAUAAAAAAUACAAACUCGUUUUUGAUAAACGAGUCAUCGAUCAUGACACCUUUCAAUCAUUUCCCUACGGCUAUAAAUGCAUCUUCACUCCCCGAAUCUAA